CAAAACAUUGUGAUUGUUUUUGUUGUUGAAUAAUCCAACCAACCAGCUGAUAAACAGCUGUAGAUUAAAAUUAGUAGUCUCUAAAAAUUUAUCCGGCAUUUAGUAUCCUAAAGUCGUUUCAGAAAUUAUGAGUUUUAUUAGGAAUGGCAGAAGAAUACUCUUAGCUGGGAUACUGCCAAGUUUACCCGGCGAUCCAUCACAAAAUGACAUAGUUUCCAAAGAUACAAAAACGUACAAGGCAUACCUACAAAACAAACCCGAUCUAAAUGAAACUGGUUUGGAUCGACUUAAGAAUAUGUUUCAAGUUGAUGAAUUCGGCAGUAUCUCUUCCGAGUUGAACUCUAUUUAUCAGGCAGGUUUUGUUGGCUUUCUAUUCGGAGCUAUCUACGGAGGUGUUAUACAAUCGAGAGGUGCCUAUUUGAAUUUUAUGGAGAACAAUCAAGCAACCGCAUUCAAAUCACAUCUUGAGGCAAAGCGCAAGUUGCAAGAUGAAGUAACCAUGAGUUUUGCGAGAGGUGGCUUUAAAUGGGGAUGGCGAGUUGGUUUAUUCACCACAUCAUACUUCGGAAUAAUAACCUGCGUUUCGGUUUAUCGAGGGAAGUCUUCCAUAUUUGAAUAUAUUGCAGCCGGCUUCAUUACUGGCAGUUUAUAUAAAUUGAAUUUGGGCCUGCGGGGUAUGGCCGCUGGAGGCAUUAUUGGUGGUGUGAUGGGAAGUAUUGCCGGUGCGGCAUCGUUAGCACUUCUCUAUGCAUCCGGUACUUCAAUGGAAGAAAUCCGGUACUGGCAAUACAAAUGGCGGCUGGAGCGUGAAAAUAUGGUGCACGAAGCAAUGAAGAAACAAGAAGAUGAGUCUCACAAAACACCCGGAAUUUUUAAAGAGCACGACGAAAAAGUAGGUGAUAAAAUAACUCUGGAACCCAUUAAGUAAGAAAUAAAGCGAAAUAAAAUCGUUGUACAUGUUAUGUGAAUUAAGUGGUAACAAAUUAAAAUAUUUGUGGUACAUACAUAUGUAUAUUUUAUUUUAAAUACAUUUGUAUUGUACAUAUAUCGCAAUUUUUAAAUGAUCAAAUACAACUACAUUAAAGACAACAUAUGUAUAUUCUUAAUUGUUAGAUAAACAUGAUCAUUUACCAUUUAACUAUUUUAUAUGUAUAUUAAUUAUUUUCUUUCAACGACAAAACUUUUAAUGCAAUUGAAAAUCACAAUAUGAAUUGUUCGAAAAAUAUAUGGAGAAUUGUUACAAACGAA